AUGUGCUAUCUGGCUAUUGCCCACUCUCUGUCCAGCAACAAGCUGCGCUCCAAGAGGACCACCAUCCUCUCGUUAGUCCUCAUCUGGACCGUGGCCGGAGUCUUGGCUUCCCCAGGGUUAAUACUGCGGCGGAUGCAGGAAAAAGAGAACCAGACGCUCUGUGCCAUGGACUACACUUUGGUGGCAAAUAAAGCCACUGAGCAUUUCUGGGUCGGGGGGCUCAGCCUUUUUGCCAGCACCGUGGGCUUUCUGCUGCCUUUCCUGCUGAUGUCCGGCUUCUACUUCGCCAUUGGCAACACAGUCAACAGGCACUUCCAGAAUGUCAAGAAGGAAGAACAGAAGAAAAAACGCCUCCUGAAGAUCAUCACGGCCCUGGUCCUGGUCUUCACUAUUUGCUGGCUCUCUUUCCACAUCAUUAAGACCGUCGAUGCGAUCAUCUGGCUGGGUCUCAUCAAGAUCCCAUGCUCCGUCGAUGAAUUCUUUAUCUCGGCUCAUCCAUACGCUACAUGUGUCGCUUACAUUAACAGCUGCCUCAACCCGUUCCUCUACGCGUUCUUUGAUCAGCGAUUUCGCUCAGAGUGCCUCUGUGUGCUGCGCUGUUCCCAGCUAAAGAAAGCUCUGCAUGCCCCUAUCACAUCCAUCUCCUCCAGCAUGAGCAACCCCACCAAAUCCGAGGCACCCUCCUCCGCUACCAAAGUCUAAAAGCUGGGGGCGAGGUAGGGGGAGAAAGAGACCCAGAGAGAGAGAGAGCGCGCCAAUAACCCUAAGUCCUCUCCGCUUGUCUGCCAACGAACCCAAAUAGCCCUCAGUCCAUGCGAGGCAGACAAACUCUUGAAUCGGACCAGCGUUCCCGGCCCCAGUCUGGGUCCUUGCUGGUGACUGG